UAGAAAGUACUUUGAACAAAAUCAAAGUCCCCGCCUGACAGCCCUGGCGACCAAUGAGCGUGCAGCGUCCCCCGCAGCCCCGCACCCGUAUGAAGUCCGUGGCGGCCAGUGAGCGUGGGGCGUCAGGCUCACUCCCUCCCCCGACUGACGGCACUCGAGGCCUGUGAGGGAGCGGUUCCGCGGAGGAGGUAACCGUUGGGCGCGCGCGCAGAAAACGAAACUCCGGCGCUGAGUAGUAGCUGCAGGCGCCGCAACCGCCAUAUUGAAGAGUCGGUAGGUUCGCGAGCGCCGCCAGGAGGAGCUGCUUCCGGGGCUCAGUCAGUGCUGCGGUCCGCCCUCCGUCCCGUCCGCGCAGCGAGCCCGGCGGAGCCCAGAUGGUGGACCCUCGCUGUGCUCGGCUGCGCCUUCUUCCCGGCGCGCAGGCCCCGGCUGCACCGACCUCGUUCCCCAGCCUCGGAUCGCCUCCUCGAGCCGGCUGGGCCCCGUCGCUGCCCUCGGCCCUUCGCGACUCUCCCGCGCCCGGCGGAGGGCGGCGAUCGGCCAGGACUUGGACCCGCCGCCCCGGCCGGACCUGCGCUCGUCCAGGUCUGCCGCCUCCAGCCUUGCACCGUCGGAACUGCAGCGGAGCGUCCAGAGCGGGGCCCGCUUCAGGGGUGAAGGCGACAGCAACGGCUCUGCGGGCCGGAAGUUUCAUACCCUUGUGGUGUGAGAAGCUGCAUCAUUUUGGGGGGCUCGUCUGGGAUAACUUCGGAGCCUGCUUCUCCAGGCCGCCCCAGCCUCUGGGUGAGGCAGGGGUGCUCUUUACUUCCUUUACUCGCUCGAUGUGUGCCUCUAACUUCGUCAGUGCCACGGACCCCGAUGCUCAGCACCGCAAGGAGCUGCACUGCAUAUUGAAGGAAAGGCAGCGGGACCGCAUGGGACCCGAGGAGAGGAAGAGGAAGGGCAUGGUCCCCUACCUCGGAUUGUUUCUUGCUGACCUGCCUAAAGAGAAACUCCUGGAGCGUAAUGAGGACGCUGUCCACAUGGGUCCCGUCAGACACAUCUGAGACUGCACCGCUGCGUAGCAGGGAAAGGGGGUCGUACCGAUGGGAAGAGCAGAAGAGCCAAGGGGAGUGAUAAAGGGACGCUGAGACCUAACAGCUGAGGAAAAGACUUCCCAGAAGGUUGCGCUGAUGUGAGCCGAGACUGGUCAACCACCAUCUGGCCUGAGCCUCCUGCUCCCUCUGCUUCGGAAUGGGGAACAGAUUUCCUGGACUCCUGCUGCCACAGGCCCCACGGAACUGCUUUUGCAGCCAACAUCGCUUCUCUAGGGGAUUCACAGAGGAAGAGCACCAGGAUGUGUAAAAACCUGAAAAAGAAGGACAAGUGUGUUACCAGGAAGCGUCUCCUCAAGAGCCCACCGGCAGCUGCAGCCCACGCCUGACUCCGGCCAGCCUCACCUCUGCUCCUCGUCCAGGGGCUCCACAGCCUGGACAAAGGACAUGAAGUGCUCGUCCCUCUCCAGGUCGUACACCGCGGCCAUGUGCUUGUGCACCAUGAUCUCGUCCUGGAGGGUAGCGACCUGGAGCAGAGGAAGGACAGGAUGCAGACAAGGGGGCUAUACCCUGUCCUGUCAGCUGGAGCCCCCAAGCCAGGGGGCCGGCAGAAAGGGACUGUUACAGUUCCUCAGGUCCCACGUUUAAACGUCCUGGGCCAGGGCCAGCUGCUGUCAUCGGGCCCGCGGCCCUGCUGGUGUCCUGGCUGCAUGUGGAGGAGAGCUGCUUCCCCUUCGGGCAGGCGGCCCCUGGCGCCCCAGGACCCCAGUCUGCUUGCUGCUCCUCCUCCUCCCGCUGCUCAUCCUGAGCCUCUGCUGGGGCAGCUGCUCUGGCACCUCCUCCGUCGGCCGACUUCGGCAUCUCCCCACGCUGCCGCUGCCUCCUCAAGGGCCUGUACGUAGCCCCUGCCAACCUGGCCGCCUUCGUGCUGUGUCCUACCCUCUGCUCGUGGCCCGCUGGACAAAGGCGAGCCACCCCACCGUGUGGAGGGUUUUCGCCUUUGAGUAGGUGGCCUCCCACCGUGACGCCAACUGCUGCCUGGGUACCAUCAGCCACCGAGUCAUAGCCACAGGGUUCCAGAAAGAGCUGGGGCCCGUCCACACCAGUCCCGGCCGUUUCUGGGAUGGACACAGAGACGGCGCUGUGCUGCAUGGGACCACCGCCCCCUGGGUGCCCAGCGGAGGCAUCCGAGGCUGCAGGGGUGGCCGGCCAUCGCAGGGUCCUGGGACAUGCACCCAGGGGAGCCCCUGUGCAACUUCCUCCCCUCAUCCCUGAGAAGUAGCCUCCCCAGGCGCAGUGUGGUCUGGGUGUUGUGUCUGAGGUUAAUGGUUCCUGGGGGUUGGGGUCAUCCCUGUGCAGAAUGUAAUAAAUGAUGAACGGAUUGCCA